UCAGUCAAAGUCCACUUGUUGUCUGAGUUUCCCUUUUCAGAGGAUUGCGGCCAGUGGGAGGAACACGUUAUUCUGAUUAGAAUUUGAUUUUCAGAACCAGCCUUGGGGUCUUAGCUCUCCCUUCAGUGUGGGCACAGCAGCACACACUCUCCCUCACUGGAAGCUUCCCUCACCAGGGCCACCUGCACCCCCUCUGGCCUCCCAGAGCUCUCACUCCAGCCUUUGGACACCAGCUAAGUGGAUGAAGGGUGCACCUGAACUCCAGUGAGGAGAACACCACCAGCCCAGUUUCCACCUGAAGGACAGAGGGAGACAGGGAGGAUGGUGGACUUUCCAGGAUACAGCCUGUCUGGUGCAGUGGCCUCCUUCUUCUUCAUACUGCUCACCAUGAAGCAGCCAGAUGACUUUAGAGUGAUUGGUCCUGCCCAACCCAUCGUGGCCAGGGUAGGGGAAGAUGCCCUACUAACAUGUCAGCUCCUCCCCAAGAGGACUGCAGUGCACAUGGAGGUGAGGUGGUACCGUUUGGAGCCCAGCGUACAAAUAGCACAUCGGGUCGGAGCUGAGGUGACUGAGAUGCAGACAGAGGACCACAGGAGCCGAGUGCAGUGGGUAGAGGAUGACUUUGCUGAAGGAACGGUGGCUCUGAAGAUGCACAGUAUCCGACCAUCUGAUGAUGGGCAAUACUGGUGCCAUUUCCAAGAGGAAAACUAUCAUGGAGAAACCAGUUUGCUGCUCAAAGUAGCAGGUCUGGGGUCUGCCCCUCACAUCCACAUGGUGGGCUCUGAGGAAGGUGAAAUCCAGCUUGUCUGCACUGCAGAAGGCUGGUUCCCAGAGCCCCAGGUUUAUUGGGAAGACAUGAAGGGAGAGAAGCUGCUAACUUUCUCUGAGUAUCACAUCCAAGAUGAAGAUGGCUUGUUCUACGUGGAAGACAUGCUCGUGGUCAGGAAUGCCUCUGCAGAAACCGUGUCCUGCUUCAUCCACAACCCUGUCCUCGCUGAGGAGAAGGGCUCAGUCAUCUCCAUCCCAGAGAAACUCCAGAAUGAGCUCGCUUCCUUAAAAGUGAUUGGACCUUCCCAGCCCCUUCUUGUCAGAGUGGGGGAAGACAUACAAUUAACCUGUUCCCUGUCCCCCAAGGCUAAUGCACACAGCAUGGAGGUGAGGUGGGUCCGAUCCCACCGCUAUCCUGCUGUUUAUGUGUAUGUGGAUGGGGACCACGUAUCUAAAGAGCAGAUGGCAGAAUAUAGAGGGAGGACAGUGUUGGUGACUGAUGCUCUCAGCGAGGGAAGACUGACCCUGCACAUACACAAUGCCAGCACUUCAGAUGAUGGGCAGUACCGGUGCCUUUUCGAAAAAGACGGUGUCUACCAGGAGAGCAGUUUGGAUCUGAAGGUAGUAGGUCUGGGUUCUUCCCCGCAGAUCACCUUGGGGGGAACACAGGAUGGACAAAUGCAGCUGAGGUGCAGCUCAGAAGGGUGGUUCCCACAGCCUCGUGUGCAGUGGAGGGACAUGGAAGGAAAGACAGUUCCAUCAUCUUCAGAGGUCCUGACCCCAGACAGCCGCGGGCUCUUCCACGUGGAGGCGUUUCUGUUGGUCACAGACAGCUCUGCUGUGAACGUGACCUGCUCUGUCAGCAACCCCCUUCUUGGAGAGGAGAAAAUGGUGACUUUUUCUUCCUCAGAUUCCAAGAUGACCUUUUCAUGGAUGAUACCGCUUAUUUUUGGAUUGCUUCUUCUGGUGGCUGUAGGCCUGAUAAAGAGAAGGAGCUGUAGAAAUGUGAAUGUGACGCUGGAUCCAAAUACAGCUCCCCAAGAACUGAUCCUUUCUGAAGGGAAGAAGCAAGAGACCCACAGACUGUCAUGCAACCAGACAUCCAUGGAAAUGAGUCCGCCUGCUCCAUGCUCUGGGCUAGGGGGCUCACAUCAGGGAGGUGGUAGUGGGAGGGGGAGACUGAGGACAGGACAGAGUGGGUUCUGGCUAAAGCAAAGGACAAUGUCAUGAGUCAUCUCUGUGUGACUGCAGAACAAGUUCGGGCAAUGGGUGUGUAUGGACAUGAGUACUGGGUGAUUACCCCUUCUCCAAACCUCCUCUCUGAAGAUGGCUUCAGGAUGGGUCAGAAUCCCCCUGGACUAUAUGUUUGGACUUCUCUUGUUUUAUAACAUGACCAAGUGACCUAUCCUCA